UCAACAGUGUUGGAAACGGUGCUGUGCGUGGGAAACAGUGACCUCAAUAAGCUCACUGGUCGGAAACAAAGAUGUAGAUUUCGAAUGACUGAUCGGAAGUCAUAUGUUUUCAGUCGGCGCGAAUUUGGAUAUUACAGCUGCUUCUAUGAGUGCUAAGGAGUGUGAUUCAUUCAAGGUUCUGAAGGAGUGUGCACGGAAUAUAGACAAAAAAAUAGUACACUUAGAGAGAGAGCUGCUUAGCCCUAGCCUCUUUGGAGAUCCCCUGAAGGCUACAGCAUCAGAGGAAUUUGUAGACCAGCGCAUUGAGGAGGUUAUUGAUAUCAAGGAAAACCUCAAAAAACUGAUUGAAGAAACAAAACAUAGCCUAGAAGUUCAGAAAAAAUUCAAUGAACAGUUGUCUGCAACAAAGAAUUCACUGAUCCAGCAAGUAGAGGAGACAGAAAGCCACUUACAGAAAUAUGGCUAUAAACCUUCACAAAAGAACUACAGAGAUUUACUACCUUAUGAAGAAGGAGAAGAAGAAUCCUGUGAUGGAAGCAAGAAUAUCACUGAUGAUAGUUGUGUAUCUCAUGAGGAUGAGGUAACGAAGGAUUUUGAAGAACUGAAUCUAAGCUACAAGGAAUGCCUCACACCAUUUGUAUCUGUUGCACAAUCAAGAAAUAACAAUGUAGUAUCAAGUAACCAACAUUUCAUUCCUAGGAAACUGGUUGACAAUGAGUCUACAGUGUCUGAAAGUGCCCCUGAUCAGACAAUAAGUGCCAAUGAUAUUAAUGAAACUACUGGAUAUUCUGAAACAUUCUAUGCACUGGAGAGAAAGUUUAAAAUGUAUAAACUUCAGAAAGGACGUGAAUCGCCAUUUUAAAAUGUUACAGUUUUUUUAGAAUUAAAGUGUUUUUCAGUGUGUUGUUUACACUAAUUUAAAUCAUUAGGCACUGCAGAGGCGACUCGGAUCUAUCACAGUAUAUCAUUAGCUGUGACUAUGUGACAAUUUGACCUCUCCUCCCACUCUACAGGGCAGUUCAGAUGGACGAGACUGUUGCCUGUAAAUUAAAAUUACUGGCAGAAAGCACUGACUGACUGUCUUCUUAUCUGCAUACUCCUUCAGGUGUUUCCCCUCAAAAAUAACUCUUCCACUGCAGCUAUGUAACAGAAUUAGUGGGCGUAGGAACUGACUAUUCACUAGGAAAACACGUUGUGUAAACCACUAUAUACUUUCUGAAACUAACUCUUCAAAAAAUACAUGGUGCUCAAGUCUUUUACCACAAUUAUUUGUGAAAUAAUCCAAAGAUUUUCCCCUCACUGUUGACAUCCAGAGCCCACACUCACAAUAACACUGUAUUCUAAUGGAGUAGUUUCAAUUUGUCAGAAAAGUUCAUUUAAUAACUUGCCCAAAAGAGAAUUCUUGAAAUCAUAAAUUCAAUAAAGGUUCUUAUUGUGAAAAGAAUCCACUCACCAUGCAGUAAUAUACGUUGAUAUUACCAUGCAGUAAUACAUGUUGAUAUUACACAAGAAACAGUUCAUAAGGUUUAUUGUUCCAGCUACUAGACAAAAUUUAGAGUCCAAAAUAGAGCGAGAAAUUCUAAGUUCAUACACAAUACAUUUUGGAAGGUAGUGCUCAGACUAAUGCAGUGACAGAAUCCUUAUACCACUGCAACUCUCCUCUGGCCAGUGAGGGGCACAACUUUUCUCUGGCAUAGCAGACGACAGACAGACAUCUGUCUUCAACUCACUUAUGGUCGUUUUCAACCCAACCAAAAUGUGAUCCAUCCAAUUAACAAAAUUGGUCAUAAUGUUUCCCAUUUGGGUCUCCACUACAGCAAUAUAAUUUUUAAUAUUUGGGGAAGUCCUGCAAAAAGUACAGCUGUGAUCUUCUGGCAGAAGCACAAUGAUUCAUUAAAAAUGUGGCGUGGUCAUCUGUGGUUGUGGAAAGAACCUGUAAGAAACAUUAUUUCAGCUGAUUUAUUAACUUCAGAUAGUUCAAAAACUACAUAUCCCUUUGAGUUCCUGUAAUGAAGAAUAUAUCAAAAUAUCUAUACCGAGAGCUUCAGGGUACUUAAUCUGAAAAGGUUUUACCAUAUUUAGAAGAAUGAUUAAUUUCUUUAAUUGCCAUAAACACAUUUUAAAAAAGCACUGAUAUCUCCAAAAGUGAAUGUUAAAUUUUGAAGAAACUUUGCAAAAUGUGUUUCUUUGUUAUGUCCCAUGCUUUGACCAUAUUCUAUUUACUGUAUGAGCUUUCUUGAACAAUCGAACAAACACUGGCCGCCAUGUCAACCUCAGCCCUUAGGUGUCACCAGAUUGAGGAUACGGAGGGUCACAUGGUCAGCACAGCACUCUCCCGGCUGUGGUCAGUUUUCAUGACUGGGACCACUGCGUUAAUCAAAUAAAUCCUCAACUGGCCCUACAAGGGCUGAGUGCACCCAGCUUGCCAACAGCGCUUGGUAGACCUGGACAGUGACUCAUCUAAAUGCUAGCCAAACCCAACAGCACUUCACUUUGGUGAUCUCACAGGAACCGGGGUUACCACUGCGGCAAGGCUGCUGGCACAAGCUUUCCUGAGCAGCUCCAAAAUGAUAAAAUGGAUGAUCAACAGGCUGUGAUGUUAUCACUACACUUUCAGUGUGGUCGGCUGACAGAGCAGCUAGCUGUGUGUCUAAAACCUGGUGGUGGCUGGGAGGAAGUCUAUCACUAGCUUCCCUAUAGUACAUUAUAGUGUCUAUACAUAUGUUGAAAAUUUGUAUGUUAAACCAAAAAUAUUGGCUCUAUUUUUAUGAUGUCAGGCUGUUACCCAUGUGAGUUAUUGAUUUGUUCCUAUAUAGGUAAAUCUAAGAUUAUGAAAUCUUUGCUUACCUAAUCAAAUAGUUUGCUUGUAGUUUCCUAUUUAAGUUGUUGUUAUGAAGUUUGUUGCUGUAGACAUGUUAUAGACAUGUUAUGUUACUAGCUUGAUCCUAGCUUAGCUUUCGUUGCUUGGUAGGUACUUACUUGGCUCUUACCAGUUUAUAUUAGCAGUGUGGUAUGUUCACCUUUGUACAGAAAUACUUUUUGUGAGACAGAUCGUGACAAAUACUUAUAUUUCCAGUUUGGUAUGUUCACCUUUGUACACCAAUACUUUUUGUUAACUGGCUGGGAUAAAUAUUUUAAAGAUAUGAAAUUGCACAGAAUCAUAAAGGGAUGUGUGGAAAGAUUUGAAAUUUUCUGUUCAGAUGAUACUUACAAUAUUAUUUUAUUUGUAGUUACUUUGUGUCUCAGUUACUAGUGUCUGCUUUUUGUACUACAUGCACAAUAUAGCCUGGCCCCUUUCAUGCAGAUCUUACUGCAAGCACACAGUUGUCACCCAGCAAUUGGGCUGCUGUGGGUUGAGAGGUGUGUGAGUGGGAUUGUGAAGUCAUGCUUCUUCCAUGCAGGGCAAGAAGCACACUGGAAUCAACAUUGCAUUGACAAUGUCUAUUGCAGUUUUACAGUGUGUUCCAUUGACAAAAUAUAGAAACAAUCCAUAUGACCUGAAGUCAUUCAGCUUCCACAGAUUCCUCCAAUCUCAAAAAAUUGCCAAGUUAUAUUGGUCAUGUAGUAGAAAGUGUGUGUGUGUGUGUGUGUGUGUGUGUGUGUGUGUGUGUGUGUGUGUGUGUGAUAUCCGUCAAUCAUCUGCUGGUGGCAGUAGCCAUUUUAAACUUUUUGUUUGUUUCAAUUCUGGUAUCUUUUCUUGUACUGUAAAACACCUACAGUUGGUAGUCACAUACCACAAAUUUUAAAAAUCUUGUUUUCUUCAGUUUCACUGUUUUUAUCAGUAAUAAACCUGCUUUCUUUGAGUGUUGUUGUUGUUGUUGUUGUUGUUGUUGUGCUUUCUUUCUGUCCGGAUUAUAAUUUGGAAGAUCAUGUCUGUUGUAAGACAAGAUGAAAACUACUUUAUCUGAUAAUAGAAGAGUUUUUGAGAGUGUGUCAAUUUGUUUGUGUUUCGUUACUAAACUACCUUAAUCAUACAUCUUUAGCACUUAAGAUGCUGAUCUUGUAGGCAGUUGCCAGUACCUGUGGAGUGGCUAAAAUCUGUUCCUAAAAAUGAAACUCCAGAUAGCAAUAUCAACAGUAUAUGGUACUUACCAUACUUACCAUAAAGAUAACACUCUGAGUUGCAAAUGGGCACAAUUAAGAGACUUAAAACAUAAGCUCUUAGCCACAGCCUUUGUUGAAAAAAGAGAAACACGCACCAUUGAUUCACACAAGUAAGCACACCUCACACUCACGUGACCACCAACUCCAGCAGUUCGGGCUAAGCUGCUGGAGUUCGCAUUCGUGUGUCCAUCGGGUGUACUUGCUUGCAUAAAUGAACUGUGUGUGUUUCUCUUUUUCUGCUAAAGGCAAUGGCCGAAAGGUUAUGGGUAAGUGUCUUUCAAUUGUGCCUGUCUGCAACUUAGUGUGAGGUAAUACUUUAUGUUAAGUAGCAAUCUGUCUUCUCUACAUUGUUAAAAUCUGUUUCUCUUUGUGUGUGGGUGUAUGCAUGCACAUGCAUGCAUAUGUACAUGUUACUAGUGUUGAAACUGAAUGCACAGAUGUAACUUCAUUUUAGCUGUAAUUACUGCAGAAAAAAAAUUGAAAAAAAUUCUUGUAUUAAAAUACAUAAUCAAUCA